CACACACACACAAAUCAAAGACACGUAGCUGGAUGUCUGUGUAUGACUAAAUCUCUUUUACUCUCAAAGCAGUUGACUGUGUGGCGGCAAAUAUAAGAGGACAGCAGCAUGACAAAUGCUUUGUAACAGUUUUAUCUUCAGGGCAUUCACAGCAUGCAGCAUGCAGCAUGCUGUGAAUGCUGGUAUUUGGAUGGAGACCGGACCGGGUAUGUGCAGCUGUUGCACCUAAGAAGGGAGUUGAGUGAGGAGCAAAAGGGGACUUUAGCAAACUGCACCAGUUCAAGUCUAAGGAGAGUUACAGGCUUUAGUUCACACAGCCCUUAAUUGAAAGGAUCACACUGGAGCUGUCCAAACAUCCAGCUCAGACUGCAGCUACAUCUGAAAGCGCUGCUGACAUGUUUAAAUUGGGUUUUAUUACAGACAAACUAAUGAUCGGUUGUUUUUUGUUUGUUAACGUCACCUGUUCCACAAGGGAUGCAUCAAUUCUGAUGUUGGAUAUUGAGCUGAACUGUGACAUUUCAACAAAAAAGUUGCUGGGGCAUGAUUUAUUAUUUUCAUCAGCGCAUUCCUGAAAUGUGACGUGAUCGUCUCAAGCUAAUAAUCUCCUGGCUUCUUACUGAACGUAUAUGCCGGAGUGGUAUCAAACUAUUCCCUUUUAAUUUUUUUUUUCAGUUGCUUUUAAGACGCAUUUGAAUAAAACUAUUCAAAUGAUGUUGUUUAACCUCCGCAGGCCCGUUCCAUUCUCGGUGUGUAGGCUUUGAGUCAUAGCACCUUGUGGUAAAAUGACUUGAGAGAAACCAGAACUGUUCCCUUCUCAGGAGGGGCUGAACAGCUGCCUGUAAUUCAUGCACUUAUCCACUGGUCAUAAUGUGUCUGGACUGAUGGAGAACACAGUGAUGCUGCUGCGGGCCUGACAGUCCUGAGGAUAAUCACACCCUGUCUGACUGCUGUGAUAGUAGACUUUCAUCAUAGGCUGUCAAGAUGUCGUUAGGCAGACUACACACAUUUCACACUCACUUAGGCUUUAACAAGCGAGAACCCCGUCGCCGUCAACGGGAGGCAAACGGGGGAGCGCUCGGCUCGGCACCCUGCAGGCCCUGUUCCUCACUCCUGUUCGUCUGAGACACACACCUCAAGGAAUUGGGCCGAGGGUCUGAGUCUGGAGGAAGUGUGCGUGCGUGUUGAUGUGACUACCAAAGAAGGGCUGUUAAAUGUCAAGCGGGAUUCUGUUCUCAAAAUGGAAAGCAUUGUUCUGUGCCGUUGUCGGAAAGCAUUUUUUCUUUCAUUGAUCUGGAACAGAGCGAAACCGAGGAGCUGAAUGUGAUUAUCUCCCCUCUCAGAUCGAGUUCCCCGCUGUGUUCGCCGGGACGGGAUCUUCGCAACAGCUAACUUGCAUAUUGCUUAUUCGUUUGUAAACUCUGUCAUGGACAAGUUAGGCUCUGCUUUGUUUUCACAUGACUCAGCCUAAAGUUAUCUUUUGAUUGGGUUUUCACCUCGCAUGUGGGGUUUCGGCUAAGAAAGAGGAAACGCUUCAGAGCUCACAUGGGCCAUUCAGCCGCCAUCAGACUUGAGUUUUGAGGGAUGCUUCUGUGUGCUGAUACGUGUUAGCUGCUUAUAUGAACUUUGCAAAUGAACAUUACAUACAUGCAGCUUUAUGGGUUGAGCUGACAGGAUUUAGGUGUCCAAUCCUAGCCCUGCAUGAAAGCCAAAUAUUUAUUAAGGCGAGGCCGCCCUGACUAAUCAUCCAAGGUGUCAAGACGGUACCUGUCCGAUGUCCUCUCCCCCCACAGUGUGAUGCGUCAUGGCUCCGGUGCUGAGAGGAGUGUGGUGGGGGCCCGAGGCCGGUGUCGUCGGGUCGGGCGUGGCGGCUGCUUCUGGGGUGGCGUCGUGGCUGGGCAGCGGGCAGCUGGUCCUGGUCAUCACCCUCAGCACCCUCAUCGCCCUGCUGCUGGUCUCUGUGCUGCUGCUUCUGUGUGCCAGCUGCCAGGGGCAGAAGAAGGCAGUCAAUGGACAUCCAGCAGGAGACCAUGAGAACCUCAUGAAUGGAGUAUCAGAGAGAGAGACGAUCAGCCAAUCAGCAGACAGUCCAGCAACGGACGUGGCCAUCAGCAGCUCUCAUAAUGGUCCUCUAACCAGCGGUACAAUCCUCACGGACACACAGGACACCAGCCCCCAGCCGUCAGAGGAGAUGCUCUCCAGCCAAUCAGAGCUCAGGUCCUCCAAGUGUCCUCAGGACCGUGAGCUUCCCAGCAUUCCUCCCAACAACGCCCUUAUUGUGGAUGGACCCCCAGCCUCAGGGGACCGCACCUAUGAGGUGGUGAAGGAGAUUGCGGUGGCAUCACGUGACGUCAGCGUUGAAGACUCCCUGUACGAGACGGUCAAGGAGCUCAAAGACCCCCCCGCUCAACUCGGCCUCCCCAACGGUACCAUCGAGCUGAGCCCCGAGGUUCCUCCCCAUCAUCCCACUGCCCUUCUCAACGGUCACCUCAGCCCCUGCACACCCGAGCGGGGGCCCCUGUGCGAAGGUGUGGAGUACGCCUCCGUCGACCUGAAUAAGAAGAGUCGUCACAGCGCCGACAUGGAGGCCAAAAGGCGCUCUGAUAACGCCGGUGUUCCCUCCCACAAGCCUCUGGAGGAACCAGAGGAGGACCGACCUCCGCCGGUACCAGAGAAGGUUCUGGAUGAAAAUGACAACCAGCCAGUGGUAACGAAUGGGCUGGCCGGUCCUGGACUGCACAAUGGAGAGUUACACUCCCCUCUGUCUCCUGCACCCGGGUUCGACAACCACAUUCUGUCAGACAAUGAGUCAGCAGUGUACUCUACAGUCAACAAGACAAACGGUGAUGAUGCUGAGAACGAGGAAGACACAGAGCCCGACUACAGCAGCAUCGCAGAGCUCAAAGGUCUCGUCACGGCCUCUUCCUCCUGUGACCUCUACGCCACUGUCCGGGAUAUCUUUGACCAACCCGACGAGUCCCAGCCGGGGGAAGACCCCGUCUUGGACCGCACAGAUCACGGCUACGAAACUAUCCGCAUCCCAAAGACUAGUAGCUCGGAUGAUAACCACAGGGCCGGGCCAGGAGCGGAGGGAUCAGAUGCCGCCACGGCGGAGCCUGACUACGAGAGUGUUGGAGAGUUAGGUCUGGGCCGGGAAACGUCCCGCCUCUGAGUUUGUCGCCUCACCGUCUUCAUGCAUGGUGCCGGGGGAGGAGCCUCCUCUCUGACAUCACUGCAGUGCUAGUAAGCAUGCUUUUGGUGCAUGACUUGGGGGGGGGGGGGGGGGCAGAAAAAGGCUCGCCACAGCAUUCAUCAUCAAUGCAUGAGUGACCUCUUUACAGCUUGGGUACGGUUUAUCAUAACUGAUUUUUUUAUUUAUCAACCACGAUGAAUAUCAUUGGUACUGGUCGGCCUGAUAGAAAAUGAAAUGUAGUACCUCAGUCAUUGGGCAUUAAUCAUGUGGAUGAGUGCACUUUGGAUCAUCAUUAAAUUAAAUAAUUUAACAACACUCGAUUGUGGAAAAAGAUAGAAAUAAAUUCAAAUAAAAUAAAUCUCCAAUCACAAGCAGCAUUUUAACCGUUUGCUGAGGACACGAUCAGUGUCCGUGAGAUUUUAAAAAAACAGAAUUCUGUGCCAUAUAUGUAACUCAUGCACUUACUGUACUUAUGAAGGAAACAUUGUUUGUAUGCCAUAUCUGCAGCUGCUAGUGUCUUUCUGGCUUCUUCUAGGUGACUCAGUGUCAUGUUUUAUUGAGGUGUCAAAUGGUGUAUUUCUAGCUAUUCUUUGUCAGGUUCAGCAGCACCUCCACUGUGCUUCCUGUGCUUGCAGUUCAUGUGAAUGGGUUAGCGGCACGGAGAGCAAAAGCCAGUCUUAUCUGUGACCUAAUAUUUAGUUGAAACAAUUUGUUAGAUUACGCCACCAAAUAGAAAGGAAGACUUUUUGACUGCGACAUACAUUCUCUGCGAUCGAGAGCCAAGUGGAGGAAGGCGGCUUCACACUUGAGGUUUUCACAUUUUGAAAGCAUUUUUAUACGUUUUACAGUCCAUGUCAACAUUGUUUGUGACAUUUUUAUUUAUUUUAAGAGGCAUAUUGUUAAUGUAAUGUAAUUGUGAAAUAUUACAGAGUAUGUCUCUCAGAGAAAAAGUGAAUAAGGUUUUCUAGAAGUUUUUAGCAAUUUUAUUUAGAUACUAAAUGAACGCGAGUUGUGUGGUGAUGACAGAUAUAAAGGUACGCUUUCCACUGACUUUAAAAAAAAAAAAAAUGAUGUGAACAUAUUUUCUUUUUUUGUCAUUUUGCACAGGAGUCACAUUCAAAUGAUGUGUAAUGCGAUAAAGUGACAUUACAAACUUGCAUUACUAAUACAAACCUAUUGACCAACUGUAUUUGUUGGUUGUCAUGUUCUUUUGAGCCUACUCUUGGUACAGUAUGCUGCUUUCAGUUGGUGUCCCGGAUGAUUUUUAAGCACAAGGUUUAAUAUCAUGGUACUGCAUUUAUAUACAGCUUCAUAAAAGCAUGUAUCCAGCUAUAGCUCUGCACAAUUUGAAUAUUUUAUGCUUUUUAACUUACUAGUAGCACUAUGAGCGAUCCAUAUCUGUCUGUUUGUAGCUUGUACUGACGACAUGCCAACUAAGGCUUGUAUAUACUUUGAGCACUAUUUUAACCAGCUUUUACUCGCUGAAUGUUUUAUGUAAGCUUUUACUUAUUUGUACAAUGUCCAGAGUGGUAUACUUUUAAAAUGAGUCUUUUAAUAGCACUGAUGCAUAUUUGCCUUGUUUUAAGGAAAACAUGCUGUCCAAUGGCUUUUUUAUUAUUAUUAUUGUAACUCAAAGUUGUCAAAUAGCCUUUGAGUAGUAACCAAUCAAAUGUCACAAAUACGGUACAAUGUUUUGAUACAUGUAUUUUAAGAGACAUGGAGUCUGGUACUUUUUUUUCUUUUUCUUUGACUGUGUUAAUGUGUCAAUACUGUUGUUUGAUGUUUGUUUUCAAAUUCAACAGGGCCAAUGCUUUUUGCUGUAAAUAUAUACUUUACUGCUCCAGUA